CGUAAUCGUCCCGUCUCACUCACAACCGGCCCCAAACGGCCCAUUAUUCCCAGACCUCACUCACUCUUCCCACUCGUCCCCACCCGGCAACACGCAGCUGCUGCAGCUCCAUCGGGGCCAGUGGCACCACGCUCAGCUCAUAAGCUGGUCGAAUUUGCACAAGUCAGCGGAGAGCGGCUACCUAUACAACUUGAAACGUCAUUGGCCAGUGUGACAUCUCGCACCAACCAAUGGAUCGGAAACGAGAACUUGACAGAUCGCUGUGCUCCAUGUGUAUGGCGUUUGGAAGGGCGCAAGCCUCCAGCGAAAAGCGGACAUUGGACGUGGCCGGCUUGGAGCCGGCUUGCACAGACAGCAUGUGCAAGCAACCUUCAGUCACCUGCGCCAGUGUUCCAAUACCUUCCCUUGCUUCACCUGACCGUUUGUUUGUUUGGUGCUCUCUCACUUCAAUCGUGUCUCAUUCCUCUUACACAUUCCUUUUCCCCCCCCUCAUGUCGGUGUUCUAUUCGAGCGACGAAAACGCGCCUCCGGCGGCUGUUUCACCUUGGAGAAGAAGAUGGUGGACCUGCCAAAACAUGGUAAUCAGCCACCGCUAUGCGAGUAUCGAACGGGAGUCCCUCUUUGGGCAUGAAAAAAAACCCCCCGGGCCGAUGCCGCCUAGGGUCUGGAAUCCACAAGUCUUCGUUCUUACGCGGGAUUGGGCAUUGGGACUGGAUUACUACCUGGAGAAAAUCAGUGACAAGAUGGGCCAACUCCGUCGAUAACAUUAGCACCGUGUUUGACGCCAUCGUGCAAGGCGUUGAAGAUCGUCCCGGAACUGGAAAGUGUUGGGGGGCCCGAUGCUUAGGCAGCAGA